CUUCCGAGCGGAUGUUGGAGGUUCAGAUAUGAUAGGUAACCAUGCCGUCAUCUACACUCAUCUACUGAGACAAAUGAUUUGUCUCUUCAUUGCUGGCAAUUCUGCAGUUCGUGCGCGAGCCUGAAGAGGUGAGUCAAUGAGUGCCAAGACCUGACCCAUACCACACUUUUGAGGAAUGUGAGCAUCCGUCAGAAGCAUGCUACCGAGAAAGUCAUGGAUGGUGUCCUGUGUAUGUCUUGGUGGAGCUUAGGACCCAGACUAUUUUGGGAUUCAAUUUGCAAGUAUUUGAAUCCUGGCCCAAGACAAAAAACGGAGUCGUUGCACAGGCCAUGCAAGCGAUGGUAUGCUAGGGUGGCCAUAGCUCAAAGGCACGAGGACUACCAACGACAAUUAAUCUUAUAUGGAUGUCAAUGCCAUCGAAGGCUGGAGUGGCGACUAAAGAGCUACUUACCAAGAACAACUUAGCUACUCCUGUGUAGAAUAAUAUGCUUUCACCCUUAAUCCCUUAGUUAACUGACUAGCUUCAUUGUAUGUUUGCUAGCUGAUAGUCCUCUGCAGGCGAUAAGAGUAACAGCAAUAUAGCUCUUAUCGUAAUCCCUUUGUACGCGAC